CUUGCUACUGAUAUUACCAGAGAGGCAGAGAGUUCAACUACGUAUUUCUUCUCCUUCAAAUGGUAACUGAGUCAGUGCCCAGUGGUCGGGAAUCCGGCAGUAACAGAUAAAAACAAAAAACAGAGUCUAGUAGUUAUACGAUGGCGAUUUUGUACUAGCUACUUUUGUUUUUAAACUGCGAUUUAAAAAUCACUCCAAAAGUACCAGAAUUCCUUUUCCACUUGUCCUGCAUCAACCAUGGAUUCUUUAAUGGAAAUCGAUGGUAGUAUUCUAGAAGGGGGUGGUCAAGUGCUCAGGAUGGCCAUAGCUCUCAGCGUUUUACAGAAGAUUCCGGUGAGGAUCUUCAAUAUACGGGCUGGGAGGAGUAAGCCUGGAUUGAGUCCUCAACAUCUUAAAGGACUGGAAAUGGCUAGGGAAAUGACUGGAGGUCAGUUGAUGGGAGCUCAGCAGCGGUCGAUGGAGGUGACAUUCAGACCUGGACAGCUGACUCCAGGCCAGUACCUGGGAGACACAGGUACUGCAGGGAGUGUGGGGCUGAUAAUUCAGUUGCUGUUACCGUGUGCCCUGUUCAGUUCUGGACCCACAAUUCUGGACUUGCGCGGAGGUACAAACGCAGACAUGGCUCCACAGAUAGACUACACCACGACUGUAUUUCUGGCUUUGCUGAAAAGGUUUGGUGGUUUUUUCAACUACAAUCUAUUCUUGAGAGGAUAUUACCCAAAAGGCGGUGGCAAACUAAAAGUAGAAAUUCCCCCAGUGAAGCACCUAACAGCUGUGGAGAUGGUAGAUCCGGGCUCCAUCACCAGAAUAUGGGGAACAGCUUUUACUGCUGGAAAUUGCCCCUUUAUUGUGAGCAAGCAAAUGGCACAGGCAGCAGAAUCAAUACUAAAGAAAGUGUCACCAAGUGUUAUACCCUGCAUCAGACAGCACAAAGAGUCGCCAGACACUGCGGUGGGGACAGCUUCAGGCAUUUAUUUAUUUGCAGAAACCAACACAGGCUGUGUUCUGGCAGGCACUGCUCUGGGUCGGAGAGACUUGAAAGCUGAGAAAGUAGGACAGGCUGCCGCUGAGGAGCUGGCUCAAGCCAUUCAAUCCCGAGUCUGUGUGGACUCUCAUGCACAAGACCAGGUAAUCAUCUUGAUGGCUCUGGCUAAAGGCACGUCCAGGGUAUUGUGUGGACCGAUUACGCUGCAUACUGAGACAGCGAUCUAUAUGGCCCAACUAAUGACAAAGGCAAAAUUUACUAUCCACAAGCAAGACACCGGCAACAACAUCAUCGAAUGUGAAGGGAUUGGAUUGGAGAACGAAGCUUUAUAAAUAAGUUUUUAUAUUAUUUAUUUAUUUCAGUCUUAAAUGUUGUAUGUGUUGAUAAUAAAAUGUGGUUUAUUUUCCUUAUUGUUUGAAAUACAUUUCUUAUGAAGGCAA